UGUAUCCAUGUAGAACCGGAAGUAUUGUGACAAGCUGUUUCAGUGAAACGACAUGGCUUCUCGAACGCUAAACUUUAACGUAGGAGUACUUGGCCAUAUCGAUAGCGGCAAAACUUCUCUGGCUCAGGCGCUGAGCACAACUGCGUCUACUGCGGCCUUCGAUCGCAACCCACAGUCGAGGGAGAGAGGCAUCACUUUGGACCUUGGCUUUUCGUCUUUUAGCGUUCCAUUGCCGGCUCACUUGGAAGAGCAAUGUGGAAAACAGUCCGGGCCGAGUGGCUAUGACAGUUUACAGUUCACACUGGUGGAUUGUCCAGGACAUGCUUCCCUGAUCCGAACAAUCAUUGGAGGUGCCCAGAUUAUAGAUCUGAUGAUGCUCGUCAUUGAUGUAGUGAAAGGCAUGCAGACUCAGACUGCUGAAUGCCUGGUGAUUGGUGAGAUCACCUGUCCCCGCAUGGUGAUAGUAUUGAACAAGACUGACCUCCUUCCUGAGGGAAAAAGACAAGCUGCUAUCGAAAAGAUGACUAAGAGAAUACAGAAGACACUAGAAAACACCAGGUUUUCUGGCUGUCCUGUUAUUUCUGUCGCAGCAAAGCCUGGAGGUUCUGAGCCUGCAGAGACUGACGUAGCCCAGGGAAUUUCUGAAUUGAUUGAGCUUCUUAAAACUCAGGCAUAUCUUCCACAGAGAAAGUCCACAGGAUCCUUUUUGAUGUCUGUGGACCAUUGCUUCCUGAUCCGGGGACAAGGCACAGUAAUGACAGGGACAGUGCUUCAAGGGUCAGUGUCUCUAAAUGAUAAUAUCGAGAUCCCAGCACUUAAGGUAACAAGGAAAGUUAAGUCCAUGCAGAUGUUUCACAAGCCAGUUAGUUCAGCCAUGCAAGGUGACCGUGUGGGAGUAUGUGUGACCCAGUUUGACCCCAAACAGCUGGAGAGAGGACUUAUAUGCACUCCUGACUCCCUGCGCACUAUCUAUGCUGGCCUGAUCUCUGUGAAGAAAAUCUCAUACUUCAAGGGGCCGCUGCGCACCAAGUCUAAAUUUCACAUUACAAUUGGUCAUGAAACAGUCAUGGGUAGAGUAACCUUUUUUGGAUGUGCUCCUUCAGAAAAUGUAUCCUCUGCGUCAGAGAAGAACUGUUCUUUAAUGAGUAAUUCUGAGGUACCGAACUUUGACUUUGACAAGGUGUAUUUAUACCAAGAGGAGUACCUCAUAGCCCCAACCCCAACACAGCUAAAGGAUGGAGGCACAAAUAACCCUCCUGCUCAGUGGGCUCUUCUGGAAUUUGAGAAGCCUGUUACCUGUCCACAGCUCUGUCUUGUAAUUGGCUCUAAACUGGACACGGACAUUCACACCAACACUUGUCGUCUAGCUUUUCAUGGUGUCCUGCUGGAGGGCUUGGAGGAAAAGAUGUAUGCUGACUCCAUACUCCCACGUCUCAAGGUUUACAAGUCCAAAAGCAGAGAGGGGGUCGUUGAGCGGGUGUCAGAUGAGUACACAGUCAUUGGACGAAACCUUUUCAAGAAAGAGACCAAUAUUCAACUCUUUGUAGGUUUAAAAGUCACUUUGUCUACGGGAGAGAAAGGAAUCAUUGAAGGUGGCUUUGGGCAGAGUGGCAAGUUCAAAGUCCGCAUCCCAGAGGGUCUAUCUGCCAGUACCAAGGAAUUGCUUUCUGCCACAACACGGAAGAAAUCCAAAGGGGAGCCCACUAAAUCUGAGGAGCCAAAGUCUGAUGUGCAUCCCGUCAGUAUCAACUUAAGCUUCAAGAAAUUUGUUUUUGAUCCUCAGAAGAAGAUGGUGCAGACAUGAUGAUAUAGCUGCCAGGAACAGCAUUUUUCAAAAUGUGACCAAUUGACCAUGAUGCCUUAGCAUGUAGGGUAGCCGUUGUGAAGAACUCCACUUUGCCUAUAUCAUGUCUGGAUAAUGUUUCUUGCACUAAAUGAAUUUCACUCCUAAUAAACAAUUGUUUCUGGAGUGAAGAACUUUGAAUGAAUACCUGUUCCCUCAAUCUUAAGUAAUUUUAGCUCUUCAGAGGAUGUCCAAAGCUAAAAAUAAAUU